CUGUCAUCAAUUGUUACUAUUUUCAUAUGAUUUGCAAACAUUCUAAUUGAAUUGAGUUAUAUAUAUAGAGUUCCGGAUGCAAAACCAUUAGGUUUUUAAAAGAAAAGUAUUAAUGUAAACUAAUUUAAUAACAAGAAAUGGACAAGGAAAGCCCGGAGUUGCAUUUUGAAUGUCUUUGUCGAACUUGUAUGCAUGAAGUGCCAGAGGCGACAAUAAUUGCCAGCAAUAGCAAUCAACCUGCACAGCAACAGUGGCAAUACAUCUUCAAUACAGUGGAUGAAUGUGAUUCUAUGCGAAUUACAGAUCUGUUGGUCAGAAUAAUGCCGCAGCUACAAUUGAAUUUCAGCAAGCAACUGCCUCAGCGAAUUUGCAAAUUAUGUCUGGAAUAUUUGCUGAACGCGUAUCGCUUCCAACAAAUGUGUUUGCAGUCCGAACAACAAUUGCACGAUUUGGUGGCUAAGAGGAGACUCGAUGUAAAAUUGAUGACAACAGAAAUUGAAGUUGAAUCGAAAAUUUCCAUUUUGUCAGAAGGUGUAGAACCGGAAGCAAUUGAGGCAUCAUAUACUCCAAACGUCGCAAUAUCCAUUGAGGAUCCGCUACAAAACAGUAAUAUAAAUGUCGUGACGAAUAAAACUGAUAUAUAUCUUAAGACAGAGCAAAGUGAUGACGAAUACGAUUGUUGUAACUAUGCUUUGAAGGGUGCAGUGGAGCGAACUGGGUUAGCUGACGGACCACAUAUUAAAAUCGAAAUUGACACACACACGGAUGUGCUGGAAAUCGAAGCACGAACAACAAGUGAUGAAGUGUCAAAUCAUGGAGAUGCGGGUGAUAGUGAUUGGGUAAUCAACAAAACGACAUUACGCUCUAAAAAAGAAUGCAGUAAUGAAAAAAAAUUGACUAAGGUUUUGCUAGACAAUCCGUUGAACGAAAAAACGGAGGAAGCGUCGCCCACUUAUGAUUGCAAUCUAUGCAAGAAAUCUUUCAACAUACGUGGAUAUCUACUGAAACAUUUGAGGCGUCAUAAAAGAGCAGAAGACAAAAACAGUUCGCCAACGCCCAAACGUUUCGAAUGUGAGAUUUGUGGGAAUUAUUACAAUAAACAGGAGUCCUUCGAAAAACACAAACAACUUCAUAGAUCGGAUGCAGAGAAGAGUGCAGCUGCAGUAAAAAAUUUUACAUGUAAAUUUUGCGAAAACAAAUACGGCACACAGCCUGUGUUGAAACGACAUAUGCGGCAAAAACAUGGAGAGCAAUAUUCAGGAACUGCGGAUAAGCGUUAUACCUGUGAAGUAUGUGAUAAAUCUUACAAGCAAUCCACCACAUUAAAGGAUCAUAUGCGUACACACACGGGAGAGCAGCCAUAUCUGUGCUCUGAGUGUGGCAAAGCUUUUAAUUCUUUAAGCAAUAUGAAACAGCAUCUACUGCGACACGGCGGCGACAAACCUUACGAGUGUCCAGACUGUCCGAAGAAAUUUCCGACCAUAAGCGAUUUAGCUUCACACAAAGUCAUGCACCGUCAAAUUAAACCUCAUGUGUGUGAUAUAUGCGGCAAUGCCUUUGGUAAGGCAUAUCAACUGAAAAAACAUAAAAUGUACCAUAAUGGCGAAAAGCCUCACAAAUGUGAAUACUGCGAAAUGCGCUUUGUGUGUAAGGAUCAUCAGCGUCGACACAUGCGCACCCACACGGGUGAAAAGCCCUACAAGUGUAAGUACUGCGAACGCGCCUUUGCCCAAAGUAACGACCUCAUUAAACAUUUACGCACACAUUUGGGUGAAAAUGUCUAUAAAUGUGAAUUAUGUCCUAACUCUUUUCGACUGGCAUCAGAGCUACGCGUACAUUUUGCUGAGCAUAAGCAUGACGACGAAGAAACGCGUACGCGUAAUAGGCAAGCUUUGGCCGAUGAGGAGGCCAAGUUGCGUGUGGGUUCGAAGUUGGGCAAGUGUUAACAGGCAUCAAAAGAAAUGUCCUCACUAUACUUAUAGAAGUCAAGGAAUUAAAUAUAUGCAUAUGAAAAAAGCAAUAUUAAAUAUCCAAAAAGCAAUUAUGUGCGGCAAUGCGUAUACAACUUAUUUAGUAUUAGUUUUUAUUACAACGGCAUAGGAGGGUACAUAGGUAGAAAUUAUUAAUAUGUAAAAAAAAAAACUUAAUUAACAUUAAUGCGAUAUAAUAUAGAUAGAUAAUAAUA